GUAGUUACUUAAAAGAAACCAGAAAAGUCGAGCUACCUGUUUAUGACCAGCACUAGGCGUUAAACCCGUGUUACGAGAUAUUUACUGACAACUCCGAAGUACUAGAUUUUCGACUUUACAUGCGAAAGCCUGGUCUUUAUUGGCUACACCAGCGUUCUCUCGGGCUGCGUGGGGAAGUUUUUAUUGACAGGAAGGCAGGCAGGCAGUGCGCACGAGCUCGCGCACUAUUUUCUCUCUCUCUCUCACACACACACACACACACACACUUUUCUUUAUAAUAAUCUUUACAAACACACAACAUGGAGAUAUUGGACAGUAGUGAGCCGUUUUUACAGUGGGACCGGAAUCUGAGCGAGCUGUCCGAGUCCGGAGAUAACGACAGUGUCCUCCUGUACAGCACACACUUCACUGAGCUCCUUGAUGACCUGUCUCAGGAGGCGCUGCUGGGCCAGCUGCUGAGCGACCCCUUCCUGUCCGGGAGGAGCGAAAUGAUGGACGUGGAGGAGGAGCUGAGCCCGGCCUCUCCGCCGCCUCCUCACAUCCAAGCCGAGCACAGUUACUCUCUGAGUGGAGACUCGCGCCCUCAGUCACCCCUCUCCCACCUGACCACGGAGAAAACCAGCAGCGAGCCUAGAGAGUCAGACUGCGAGGACUGGCCGGUGGAGCAGGAGGUGGUGGAAGAGAUGGAGGAGGAGGAGGAUGAGGAAGAGGAGAGGUUGAACCUGAAGAUGGAGCCUCUGCUGUGUGAUUCUCCAGCACUGCUGCCUACGCUGACUCUCACACUGACGGUGGACCCGGCGAGCGCCGCUUCCCUCUCACACACCACACAGCUCAACACACAGAUAAAAGAGGAUGAGAGCUUCAGCCCGCAGAUUAAACUGGAGCCACAUGAGGUGGAUCAGUUCCUGAACCUCUCCCCUAAAGAGCUUGAGGCUUUGCAGAUGCCCCCGACUCCUCCCAGCUCCCAUGGCAGUGACUCAGAGGGCAGUCAGAGCCCUGUGCACCCCUGCGCUCCUGCCAGCCCCACACAGAACCCAGCUGUCCUCAAGGUGGCUCAGCGCACAACAUCCUCACUGCCCAACUCACUGUCCAACUCACCCCUGCUCACUGCCCCUCAUAAGCUGCAGGGCUCUGGGCCUCUCUUGCUGACAGAAGAGGAGAGACGCACUCUGAUCGCUGAGGGAUACCCCGUUCCCACCAAGCUGCCUCUGUCCAAAUCUGAGGAGAAAGCCCUGAAAAAGAUCCGCAGGAAAAUCAAGAAUAAGAUUUCUGCUCAGGAAAGUCGCAGGAAGAAAAAGGAAUACGUGGAUGCCCUGGAGAAAAAGGUGGAGACGUGUUCCAACGAGAACAGUGAGCUGCGCAGGAAAGUGGAGAAUCUUGAAAGUACCAACAAGUCUUUGCUGCAGCAGCUGCAGUCCCUGCAGGCCAUGGUGACAGGAAAAGUCCCUCGCUCAUGCAAAAUGGCCAGCACUCAGACCUCCACAUGCCUCAUGGCCCUGGUGCUGUGUUUCGCUGUGUUUCUGGGAAGCUUCUACCCAGGCCUGAGCCCCUGCCCCUCUGUCACCAAGACUGAUCUAUCCAGAGAGCUCACCAUGCAGGAGUCUUACACUACUACAGUGAAGUCCAGAAACCUACUGACUGUUGACAAGUUUGGUCUAGGAGACGAGCCCCGCCCCUCUGGGCUAGGUGGAAAAUAUCCAGAGUGGGACACGCAGAUUAACGACUUGGCGAUGUGGCGCCUCGAGCCGCAGCAUAGACUCAACCAAGCCACGCCCCAAACUCCAGAACCCAGCCCACCAUUCGCUCAGAACAACAGCACCAACACCAGCACGCAAAAAGCCCUCGUGAUCGACCUGCACACACACAGGUCAGCAGAGUCACAGUCCAGUGAUCGUCCGAAAGUCAUUGAGCUGGAGAGAACGGUGAACGAGCCGUCGUGAGGAUGGCCGGUCCUCCUCGAACUCCCCUCCAUCCUAAUGCCAGGAGGAGACACCACACCCUUUCUGUAUUUAUAGACCUCUUUUCAAGUAUUGUUCCUCUCACGUUUUCUUUUUUUUUUCUUUUUUUUUUUUAUGAAAAAACAAAAUUUUUACGAAAAAAACGAGUAUUAUAUCAUUCCACCAUUAUAUAUUACAUUUUGAUACUAUAUUUUAAAGCUUUUUUUUCCAAUUUUUCCUCUUUUGUGUAAUGUACAUAUGUUCCUGGGUCAGAGUCAGGCUAUUAUAUAUAUAUAUAUAUAAUAUAAUAUUAUAUAAAUGCCUUGAAACGUCAGAAUGUUGAACCACAUCAGCAUUAAAACAUCUAACAAGGUCUAAUAUUUGGAUAUUAGGGUAUUGAUCAGCAACAGCAGCUCCUUCAUAUCACAUCAGGAUCUUUUUGUGAUUGUUGUGGCCCCAAAAAUGUUUUUUGUGCCUUAUUUUUGGAGAAAACAAGAGAAAAAUGGAGUUUGCCUGAUUCUACGAUCACAUACUCGUGACAUCCUCGAGGGACUGAUAUAUUUUUCCUGAGACGGUUUGUUUCAAAUCAUUGCUAGCACUGUGUGUGUGAUGGACUUGUGCAGACUCAUAGACAUUAAAAUAUGCUUUAAGACCAGCUUCAGGAAGCAACACCUUUAUAACACAUCAUAAUUGUUCUGUUAUGAAGUGAGAGACUAGUAGCAGUUAUUCUUGUGCACCUGGGGCUUUGGCAGAACCGUUCCUAUUAAACUGCCUACACUGUGGAAUCCAUGAUCCAGGCUCCUUCCACUUCUAGUAGACACAGACACUGAUGGACAUUUUGUGUAUUUUUCUUUUUUUUUUCUUCCCUGUUUCUCCUUAAAGGUGUGAUAGACGAUAUUUUACUCUGAUUACUGACUAGUGCUAAUAAUGUGUAGGAAUACUGUACGUGUCAUUAACAGUUUUUAAGCCGUUGUAUCAGACUGGAAGCCUUCCUUCAGGUCUGGAAUAUGUGUUUGGCCUCCUGUCAGUCAUUUGAUAGACACGCCCCCUAGGAAGACACGCCUUCACACUUAAACCUUGAGUGGAGAAUGUUCACAUGUCUGUACGCCGUGACUUGAAUGAUCCUAACUCAUUUCAACCAAGUUAAGGGGCGGAGCUUGGUGCAUGUGAAAAGAAAAGGGGCGGAGUCUGCGUGUGUGUGGGGGGGGGUUCAAUUCUAUUCUUAUUCAACUCAACACAUUUAACUGAUCUGUUUUCUUUACACAAAUCUUGUUUAAUGUACCUUUAAAGAUGGAGUCUGACAUUUUCUUUUUAAAAAAGGACUUUUUCAUGGUGUCAGUUACGGCACUAUAAGUAAAACAACCCCAUAAACUUCUGCCCCCGACACUGUGACGAUACGAACGAUGUGGACCAACAGCCACCCAAUCAGAGCUCUACUCCUGAGGGUCACCAUCAGCUGUGUCCACUCUGUCCGGCCGUACCUGGAGAAGAUCGGACUCCUCUGAUCUACAGGAUUAAAGCAAGCAUUGCUUCCAUCAUCGUGCUCACUGGGAGAACGUGUCACAUAACCAAGAUUUGUCGACUUCUUGUUCUGGUUUCUAUGCAAGAGGGAGAGUGAGAGCUUUAAUGUCUGUAAAUUACCUUAAAAAGGUGGACCAGUGAAACCUGAUCACGGAAUGAUGUCAGAAAGCAAUAUAUACACGCAUAUACACCUUCUGAUGACACGUGGCCGUAUUUUAAAAACAGCCUGCACUGCUUCCAGCUGUUUUUUUGGGAGGGGGGGAUUGAUGUGUUCUGGGAUGGAUUAUCUGAUGAUGAUGCCCAGAAUCUCACCUGCACUGUAUCUCCAAAGAAUAAAUAUAUUUAUUAUUAUUAUUAUUAUUAUUAUUAUUAUUUUUUAAACAUGUUCAAUGCUUAUUAUACUUUUCUUUUUAUUAUUAUUACACGCUGCCACACGUUUUUACUUCUUGAUCCGAUGCAAGUAUUUUUAUCUGGAACAAAAAAGAAAAACUGUUAUGGAUUUGAUUUGAUUGCAGUAGAUAACUGUAGUGGUGUCGCUUGAGUUUCUGCUCUGCUACAGUUCCAGCAUAAAAAUCCUCUCCUGUCUUCUCUUUAUAUGAAUUAAAUAUUUUCCAUAGAAAAGCA